CACACCCCAGGCCAUGCUGCAGGUAGGCUGCAGCCGCCGGCCCCGCUUGAAUUUCAGUCCCAGACCCAGCCUAAGCCCUUCCGGCCCAGGCUUAGCGCCACGCUGGAGUGGGAGAGCGUCCGACCCAAAGCGAAACCGAAAGCCCCACCGCGGGUGACCGGACCUUCCUGGGGUGUCCUGCGAGUAACUAGGCCCUGCAUCUAGGUCUCUCGGUUGAAAAAGGAGUGGAAGUGAGCCUUGGAGCGGUCCCUUCUGGGAGUGGAUAGCGGCGUCCUCGGAGCCCAGUUAAGAAGCCAGGUCUCAGGAAUCUGAGCUCACCCCAUCCCUAGGUGGCCAUGAGUGGCAGGGCCCGCAAAGAGGCAGUGCAGGCCGAACUCCUCAAGUUUGUAAACCGGAGUCCCUCUCCUUUCCACGUCGUAGCCGAGUGCCGCAACCGCCUCCUCCAGGCUGGCUUCCAUGAACUCAAGGAGACGGAGAGCUGGGAUAUCAAGCCGGAGAGCAAGUACUUCUUGACUAGGAACUCCUCCACCAUCAUCGCUUUUGCUGUGGGGGGUCACUUUGUUCCUGGCAAUGGCUUCAGCCUCAUUGGGGCCCAUACUGACAGCCCCUGCCUCCGGGUGAAGCGCAGGUCUCGCCGCAGCCAGGUGGGCUUCCAUCAAGUGGGCGUGGAGACCUAUGGGGGCGGGAUCUGGAGCACCUGGUUUGACCGUGACCUCACCUUGGCUGGACGAGUCAUUGUCAAGUGCCCUUCCUCAGGUCGCCUGGAGCAGCGACUGGUGCACGUGGAACGGCCCAUUCUGCGGAUCCCUCACCUGGCCAUCCAUCUGCAGCGCAAUAUCAACGAGAACUUUGGGCCCAACACGGAGAUGCACCUAGUCCCCAUUCUUGCCACAGCAAUCCAGGAGGAGCUGGAGAAGGGGACCCCUGAGCCUGGGCCUCUCAGUGCUACAGAUGAGCGACACCACUCCGUGCUCAUGUCCCUGCUCUGUGCCCACCUGGGGCUGAGCCCCGAGGACAUCUUGGAGAUGGAGCUCUGCCUUGCAGACACCCAGCCAGCGGUCCUUGGUGGUGCCUAUGAUGAGUUCAUCUUUGCCCCUCGGCUGGACAACCUACACAGCUGCUACUGCGCCCUGCAGGCCUUGAUCGAUUCCUGCUCGGCCCCUGCGUCCCUGGCCACGGAGCCUCACGUGCGGAUGAUCACGCUCUACGACCACGAAGAGGUGGGGUCCGAGAGUGCCCAGGGAGCACAGUCGCUGCUGACGGAGCUGGUGCUGCGGCGGGUCUCGGCCUCGCCCUCGCCCCAGAACCUGACAGCCUUUGAGGAAGCCAUCCCCAAGUCCUUCAUGAUCAGUGCAGACAUGGCCCACGCUGUGCACCCCAACUACCUGGACAAGCAUGAGGAAAACCACCGGCCCUUAUUCCACAAGGGUCCCGUGAUCAAGGUGAACAACAAGCAGCGCUAUGCCUCCAACGCGGUUUCAGAGGCCCUGAUCCGAGAGGUGGCCAGCAGAGUCGGGGUGCCCCUGCAGGACCUCAUGGUCCGGAAUGACUCCCCGUGUGGUACCACCAUCGGGCCCAUCUUGGCUUCGCGAUUGGGACUGCGGGUAUUGGACCUUGGCAGCCCCCAGCUGGCCAUGCACUCCAUCCGGGAGACGGCCUGCACUACGGGAGUACUCCAGACCCUCACGCUCUUCAAGGGUUUCUUUGAGCUGAUCCCGUCUCUGAGCCGUAACCUCUUAGUGGAUUGAGGCCUCAUGGAAAGACUUCUGUCUACCCCUUUGCAAUUGACGGGGGAUGUCCUCAGCUGAGCUGAAGCCAGAUUAUUAAAAUGAAUUUUUCACUCAGA